UAUAAACGAGUGCCCUCCUCACCCGCCCGCAUCAUCAGCCGUCUCAAACCCUAGCAACCCAGAGAGAGUGGUGUUAGGGUUUCGGCUUCGGAUCUCGCCGCCAUGACCUUCAAGCGCCGCAAUGGUGGCCGCAACAAGCACGGCCGUGGCCACGUCAACUUCAUCCGCUGCUCCAACUGCGGCAAGUGCUGCCCUAAGGAUAAGGCCAUCAAGAGGUUCCUUGUGAGGAACAUCGUCGAGCAAGCUGCUGUGAGGGAUGUGCAGGAGGCCUGUGUUUAUGAUGGUUAUACCCUUCCAAAGCUGUAUGCCAAGAUGCAGUAUUGUGUGUCUUGCGCGAUCCACUCUCAUGUUGUCAGGGUUCGCUCCCGCACCGACAGGAGGAAUCGUGAGCCUCCGCAGCGCUUCAGGCGCAGGGAUGACACUGCAAGGCCAGGGGUAGGUGCUCGUCCCGCUGGUGGUGCUCCUCCACCUGCCCGCACUUAGUGUUACAACAAGAGGUGACCAACAACUAUUGGGCGGAAAUCCAGAUAGUGUUUUGUUAGCUUCAGAGAAUUUUAUUAUGUUUUGAAUAAUCAAGUAAUUAGUGGAUUUAUCAUUUUUUAUAUGUGUUCUUUCAAAUUGCAACUGCUAUGCUAUGGGCCUUGUGGUUAUUUUCUUUGCAUCCAUGUUUUGUUUACCUAGCUGUAGACUUUGAUCCUAUUGUUAAUUUUGUUCUAUACAGACUUUUAGGUUGCUUUCU